AAAAGUUUCUAUAUUUUAGAUGAUAUGCAAAGUUUACGGUGGGUAUUUGGCUAACAUCGAUACUGACCAAGAACAACUUUACGUUGCGAGCUACUUAGCAAGGUUAGGGAAAGAUGCAUUCACACCUGGAAAGUUCUGGUUAGGAGGAUCCGAUAUUCAGACAGAGGGAAUAUGGGUAUGGACACAUGGUAGUGACCAAUUUGUCUUCACUAAUUGGCAAUCAGGACAACCAAGUAAUAGUCAAGGCAAAGAAAAUUGUGUGGAGUUCGAAUUUUCUACUAACUUUAAAUGGAAUGACAAUGACUGUCAGAAUAGACUCAACUUUCUGUGUGAAAUACCAUCAAAUCAACCACAGAUAAUUGGAUGAUGGAGAUGAUGGUGAUGUAUUAGCUUAACAGUAAUCAGUUGGAGCCAGCAAUUUGUAAUUUGUUUACGAAAACACUAUUAAAAUAAAACUGUUAAUGAGUAAUACA